CCAUGUGGCAACGCCCUGCCCAAGCCCCGCCUGUCCUGCCACCCAGCCACCCUGCCCAGCCACAGACUACCCAUGGACUUCCCCCAGUGACCGGUCCGCCAGUGACCUUGAGUUUGAGCGGGCUUUGAGGCAGCCGCAGGAGUCAGUCAGUCAGUGUUCUGCCGGGAGCCUUGUGUGUUGGGUGUGAAGGACUUCUGCUGCACUGCUGGAGUCCGUGUUACUCCGUUUAUCGUUUUCCUUCGUCAGCCAGCAAUGGCGGUGGUUCGGCUGUACAGAAAGCUGGAGGAUGCAGACACCAGCGGCACAGGUGGAUUGUUGCUGCAGCGGCUGAAAAACGCGUGUCCCUCCCUCGCUCAGGUGCAGCGGGAAAUUUGUUACUACAUUCUCGUCAAUGAAAAAAGUGGUGUUGAUGGGGUAAAGGCAGAGGAUGUUGUGAGUGUCCUGGGGAAAGAGAUGGCCUGCCAGCUCUGGGGGCUGCUGGGGGACCCGUGGCUUCCUGACUCAGGCCUGCGCACCACUACACAGCUCCACCCAGUAAAGGAUACUCAGUCCUUGGUGGAAAUUGGUCCCAGGCUGACCUUUACCACUGCAUGGAGCACCAAUGCUGUCAGCAUAUGCCAGGCUGCUGGACUGACGAGUGUGAAGAGGCUGGAGCAGGCACACCGCUACCUGAUCACUUCGGUCACCCCAAUCAAAAACCAGGACAGACAGAAGCUGGUGGCUGCCCUGCAUGAUCCCAUGACCCAGCAGGAGUAUGUGAAGCCACUGGACAGCUUCACUCUGGAUGUGCGAUCAGAAGACUGGAAAGAGGUGGAUGUGCUGGGGGGAGGCGAGGCAGCUUUACAGGAAGUCAAUAAGAAGAUGGGCCUUGCUUUUGAUGACUGGGAUGUUAGCUACUACACCGAGCUCUUCAGGACAAAGGUACAACGAAAUCCAACAACAGUGGAGCUGUUUGACCUUGCUCAGUCAAACUCUGAGCACUCACGCCAUUGGUUCUUCAAGGGUGAGUACUUGGUAGAUGGAAAGAAGCUGCCAUGCUCGUUGAUGGAAAUGGUGGCAGAAACCAACACCCCAGCCACCACUCACCCAAAUAAUGUUAUUGCAUUCAGUGACAACUCCAGUGGUGUUGAGGGAUGGAAGGUUCCUGUCCUUGUGCCAGCUGACCCACGCAUUGCCUCUGAGGUUAAGGUGGAGCACUGCCUGAGGCACCUCAUCUUUACAGCCGAGACACACAACUUCCCCACAGGUGUUGCUCCCUUCAGUGGGGCGACAACAGGCACUGGUGGUCGGAUCCGUGAUGUGCAGGCGGCAGGUCGGGGCGGUCAUGUGGUGGCGGGCACUGCUGGCUACUGCUUUGGAAACCUACUGAUCCCUGACUAUGACUUGCCCUGGGAGGAGAAGAAUGCAGAAUACCCCAGUAAUUUUGCUUCACCACUUGAGGUUAUCAUAGAAGCCUCUAAUGGAGCCUCAGACUAUGGCAACAAAUUUGGUGAGCCCGUCAUUGCUGGGUUCGCUCGCUCAUUUGGUCUUCUUUUGGGAGGUCCAAGUGGUGUAGAGCGACGGGAAUGGAUCAAGCCCAUAAUGUUCAGUGGAGGCCUCGGUACCCUGGAUGCCACCAUGGUCAAGAAAAGUCAACCUCAAGAGGGUUUUAGGGUGGUGAAAGUGGGUGGACCAGUGUACAGGAUUGGGGUAGGUGGUGGAGCUGCUUCGUCCAUACAGGUUCAGGGGGACAAUGAGCCCACACGUGACCUUGGGGCAGUCCAGCGAGGUGACCCAGAGAUGGAGCAGAAGAUGAACAGGGUCAUUCGAGGCUGUCUGGAAAUGGAAGUAAACCCUAUUAUGGCACUGCAUGACCAGGGGGCCGGAGGCAAUGCUAAUGUCCUGAAGGAGCUGAUGGAGGGGUCUGGUGGAGUGGUGUUCCGUGAUAGCUUCACCCUUGGAGACCCCACCUUGUCAACCCUGGAGGUUUGGGGAGCUGAAUACCAGGAAUCCAAUGCCCUCUUGGUACAGCCUAGUGACCUCCCUGCCCUUGCCCAGGUGGCUGCCAGGGAGAAGUGCCCUGUUGACACCACUGGCUACAUCACCAGAGACAAUAAGGUUCGUUUAGUGGAGGGUCGAUUGGAAGAUGCGGCCACUCUGCUCAGCCAUGGAGAAAGGCACCCAGUGGACCUGGACCUUGAGUGGGUACUGGGGAAGAUGCCAAGGAAGCAAUUUACAUGGACCAAAGAGAGGGUGGAGCUACUGCCCCUGGUGUUGCUGGAAUCCCUGAAUGUGCAAGAGGCGCUGGAGAAGGUCCUAAGGUUGCCAUCUGUUGCCAGCAAGCGCUACCUCACCAAUAAGGUGGAUCGAUCAGUGACAGGCCUGGUGGCUCAGCAGCAGUGUGUUGGGCCCCUGCACACACCGCUGGCUGAUGUUGCUGUCACUGCUGCAUCAUACUUCAGCAAGGAAGGAACUGCAACUAGCAUUGGUGAGCAGCCUGUGAAGAUACUGGUGGACCCUCAGGCUGGGGCUCGUCUAACGGUGCUGGAGGCUCUGGCCAACCUUGCAGCUGCUCCUGUCUCUCACCUAAAGGAUGUGAAAUGUUCAGCUAACUGGAUGUGGCCUGCCAAGCUUCCAGGCGAGGGUUGGUCACUGUACCAAGCAUGUGAGGCCAUGUGUGAAAUCCUGAAGACGGUGGGUGUUGGUGUAGAUGGUGGGAAGGACUCGCUAAGCAUGGCUGCUAGAGUGUCGGGCGGGGUAGUGAAGGCACCACCGGGCCUGGUCGUCUCUACUUAUGCGCCAUGUCCUGACAUUACCAAGGUUGUGACACCAGACCUGAAGAGCCCGGGCCGAGGGGAGGUUGGCGAACUCCUGUGGGUGCGUCCUGUCCCAGGCCACGCCCGACUGGCCGGGUCAGCACUGGCACAAGUGUUUGGCCAGGUGGGGAAUGACUGUCCAGAUGUUGAUAAGCACCACAUUGAAGCCUUUGUUGCUGCAUUCAACCUUAUUCAACAGCUGCUUGCUGAGGAUGUUAUUCUGGCACUACAUGAUAUAAGUGAUGGUGGGCUGGUGACCUGUCUGCUGGAGAUGUGUGUGGCUGGCUGGGGAGGAGCCAACGUGGAUAUUCCCCCAGCACCAGCCCCUCCACCCACAGCCACAGACCAAGUACCUCCCACUCUUGCUGCUCUCUUCAGUGAGGAAGUUGGGUGGGUGAUGGAGGUGAGCAGCGGCCGAGGCCCUGAUAUAGUGCGCAGGUUUACAAGCAGUGGUGUUCCUGGCACAUGUCGUCUGGGCACCACCACCAGCGCUGGACCCCAGGCACAGUUUGAUGUCCGCAUUGGAGGAAAAGAUUCUAUAAAAAUGACUCUCCUGGAGGCUGCCAAACACUGGGAAGAAACAAGUUACCAGUUGGAAAGGUUUCAGACCAACCCAAAUUGUGCCAGGCAGGAGUACUGUAGCCUGGAGAGCUUCACCCACACCGCUUACCAUGUUCCCUUCUCUUAUCGGGACUUUGUGUUAGGACCAGAGAGGAGCAGUGUAAGUGUGGCCCGUGUUGCUGUGCUGCGGGAGGAGGGAACCAACGGCGACAGAGAGAUGGUGUCAGCUCUACUCCAGGCUGGCUUCUGUGUGCAUGAUGUCACCAUGUCAGACCUUCUGGGUGGGGGCACCUUACUCCAAGACUUUAGGGGUGUGGUCUUUCCAGGAGGCUUCAGCUAUGCAGACGUGUUGGGGUCAGCAGUGGGCUGGGCAGGGGUGGUGCGUGGCCAUGAGGGGCUGAGGACAGCUCUUGAGUCAUGGCACAAUAGCCCCAACACAUUCUCUCUGGGUGUGUGCAAUGGAUGCCAGCUGAUGGCACUGCUUGGCUGGCUAGACCCUCCUGGCCUCAGUGAAGCCAAGUCUCCUGCUGUGGUUCUCAAAGGCAACAACUCGGGUCGGUUUGAGUCACGAUGGUCUAAAGUCCGCAUAGAGAAGACCAACUGUGUGUUGCUGAAGGGAAUGGAAGGAGCCAAACUAGGGGUGUGGGUGGCUCAUGGGGAAGGUCGGUUCACUUAUUGGAGCAGCGCUGUGGCUGAUGCGAUGGAGACCAGCGGGUGUGUGGCGCUGCGUUACUUGGGUCCAAAUGAUGAGCCAACACAACGCUAUCCCUUCAACCCCAAUGGCUCUCCAGGUGGGGUAGCAGGCAUAACAUCAGCCUGUGGCCGGCACUUGGCCCUCAUGCCUCACCCCGAGAGAUGUGUCCUCACCUGGCAGUGGCCACACUUGGCUCCUCCAUUGUUGUCUCCACCUGGACAGUCUCCCAGACUGACUGCUCCCUGGAGUAAACUCUUCCAGAAUGCCUUUGACUGGUGUCUUGAACAUCAGUAAUAUCAGAGCAGCUUGGUGAAGUAGAUUUCCUGAAGUUAUGAUGAAUAUUAAUUAGAAAGAUGACCAGUAGCAUAUAUAAAUGUUUCUUGGAUUUGAAUUUAUUUUGUUCAGUAAUUUUCUUAAUGAAAACAAUGAAUUGUGUAAAAGCCCCUUUUUGCUGGCUCAGACAUGAGCAAUGAAUUGGUGCUGAUAGGUGUUUGGAGAAUGAAGGGUUGUGUUCCCAUUACAAAGUACAUAUACAUGUAAUAAUGUUUUGGCAAAGAUUUAUAUUAUUCUAAUACUGUUGCUCAAUCUUUGUAUUGUUGGUUGUUGAAUUAUACUCUAAUUUGUCAUAGUUAACUUUUAUUUCAAUGUGGGAUGGUUUUCCUCUGGCUAGUGACUUCAUGCUGGGUAACAUUGUGUUAUACAGUAAUUUGUCUAGAUAUCUUCCUUUCAGAUAACAUAUACAAGGUUCAAAAGUUCAAGCUGGGGAGAGGAGGCAAGUGUGUCAUGGAGGAUAUUUCCACAUCCAAACUAACUAACUGGGAGCAUACUUCAGGCAGCAUGUUGCUUCACUCACCCACCACCUCCACUCCAGACAGUCCCUCUGAGCAGGCCUCCAUGCAGCUACCCUUUCCAUUCAAAGUCCCUCCUGGCAGGAUCAGUCAGCUUACCCUCAGAUAUGAGUUAUGUGAGUGUCCCCUUGGUCUUCUCCACUCAGGCUUGUCUUGUAUGGAAACAAUGCUAUGGGCAGGAUCAACAUUCAGGGAGUUAUGCCACGUGCCCAUAUAGUUAGAAUUGAUGUUCAAGGACUAUCAACAACAUCAUAUACUUGUGCUGAGCAAGUCCAUAUAAUACCAUGGGCCAGGCUAAUCCAUUGACUGAGUUCCUGGUAAGAUCCACCCUUGUUAUGCAUGAUGCUACAAGGUAUGUGAAACUAUUGGUGACCUAAAUGACAUCACCACAUGCAGCACUGUGAGAGCCAUCACCAGGACCUUCAGUGAAUUCUGUGAGAAGUACAGCAUCAUCAGCAUUAAUUAAGAAGCUCGGUGACCAUGAUGUCACCAACAGAUGCUCUGCAACAACUUUGCAUAGUACCUAGCCCAUGCAAGUGUUGGAAAGUAAUGGAACAAGAACGUACCCCUGCCUCAGUUCUGAAUCAGGAUGGAAGAAGCUGGAAAUGCCUCCCUGACACUUCACAGUACUCUCAGUUCCAGAAUAAAGUCCAGUCAUCAGGUCAAUAAUCCUUGCAGGAAUCCUACAGAUUCACGGGAUGUCCCAGCGUGCCUUACAAUGCACUGAGUCAAAUGUCUUCUUGAGAUUGAUAUAAGCUGUGAGUAGCCUCUAUUAAAAUUCGCAUCGGUAUUCCACAAGGAUGUGAAGUGCUAGGAUCUUGUCAGUCGUUGGCUUGCUGGGCAUGCUGACUACUCAGGUCUCUGAAACUUUAGAUGAGAUUUCAAUUCGCAUCAGCAGAAGAUGAGUGAACACUUUGCUUGGCACACUGAGCAGGAUAAUACCAUGGUAAUUGUUGCGGUUCUAUUGGUCCCCUUUUCAGACGGACAACCAAUCCCCCUUUUUCACUCCAGAGGAAUGGCACUGAACUGCCACAUGGCAGACAGCACUGCAUGCAAUCUAUAGAUCAUGUCUUCACCCCCUGGCAUUCAGCAUAUCUGCACUGAUAUUACUGAUCCCAGCUGCCUUUCCACCCUUCAACUUCCUCACAGCCUCUCUCACCUUCACAAGAGAGGGUUGGUGUUUUGUCCAUUAGAGGAUCACCACCCAUCAUCUGCAAACCACAAACCAGCUAGAGGGAGUUAUCUGGUGUAUCAGCAGCCACCAUCUGCAAACCAGCUAAAGGGAGUUAUUUGGUGUAUCAGCAGCCACCAUCUGCAAACCAGCUAGAGGGAGCUAUCCUCUUAGGGGGUCUGCCUUGUACAGCUGCUCAAAGUACUCAGCCCAAUGACCCAGAUACCCAUCUGCAUUUGAUACUCUCUUCCCAUCAGCCAUUCAGAGUACUUGUCUUGGUUGUAGAUUUGGAGGAGAGAUUCUUCAGAGCUAAGAUGGCAAGUCUAAGGUCAUUUACAUUAAGACAACCCUCGACUUCCUCCGCAAGACUUGAGACAUAAAUCUUCUUAUCCCUUCUCAGAAAGGUUCUAGUCCAUUGUGACAAAGUCAUGUAUUGCUCAGUCCCCAGCCAUCCUGGCAGUAUGAUUCUCCUCUAUUCUCCAGUGUCUCCCUCGAGGCAACUCCACUCCUAUACCUUGGACGCUCUCAAAUGCAGUCCUUGGCAGCUUUGAGAGUUUCAUGUUUAAACUAUCCCACAACUCCCCAGGGUCCUCCAACCAAUUUGAGACUGCCACUACAUACUCCUGAGCACACACCUGGUCCCUCAGUUUCUCAAGAUGGAAUCCCAGAGGAAUGUAUCUUGAGAGUUUCUUGGAUCUGAUGUGUAUCCUCAGUGUUGCAACAAGUAUGUGGUUGGUGGCAAAGAACUUGGCACUCCGGAAAACCGUACCAUUCUGAGGGAUCCUCCAAAGAUUACUAAUGAGGAUGUACUUGAUCACUUUAACCAUACCGUCAGUAUUGCUAUACCAAGUCAAUCGGUGAGGCUCAUGUCUCUGGAACAGGAACCAGCAACCCUCAGACUUCUGGAUUUUCCAAAGUUUAGGAGGCAAGAACUAAGUUUCUGGUGCCAGAGCCAUGGGGACCAACAUAUAACUCAGAGACAACUCUAUAUGUGCCAGUAACUGAUGAUGAAAACUGAGGGUGGUGGUGUUACACUCUGCACUCGCUCAGCAUUAGACCAGUGCCCCCACAGGACAGUUUCACUGUCAUGGAUGACUUUAACGCUACUAUAGUCGGUUUCAUUCCAUCUGUUCAUUCGCGAGUGUGGAUGUGGCACACGUGCAAUGCUAGUUCAUGAUUGAGUGAACAUCCAUUGUUGUAAUGAAUAUUAAAUUUUUUGGGGGGAAUAUAUUUGAAUGUUUAUGUAUAAAAAAAACCCACUUUAUAUAAUCCCAAACAUGCAUGUUUGCAUUGGCAAUAUACCAUUCAAGCACAUGAAAGAUAAGCUUGUAUCAAACAGCUUAGUCAGAUCAUAUUCUAAUGGACAAUGGCUUUUAAAAACUAUAAUUAUUUAGCUCACUUCAGGUACAUAAAAAGACAUCUGCCUUUGUCAGUGCAAAUAAAAGUUAUUUUGAUUAUUUAGUGCAUGUAAAUCCCUAAGUAUAUUUGAAAUAGCCUAGUAUCACAUUCGGCAAUAUUUCACGCUACUUCCAAUAUUACCCAUGUGGUUCACAUGCAAUAUAUUACUAAAAUACCUUUUAAUUAUACUUUCAGAACU